GUAAUGAAAAGGUGAGAAUUUACUUUUAUCUUCAAUCCUCUGCGUGUUCUUUGUUUUCUUUAUUUUCUUCUUUUCAUCACUCUGUGUGGAUUCUCGACUGCUCCUCGCCUAUCCGUAUCUGUACAGUCCUUGGAUGUGCAUACGUAUAUAUAAACCCAGUCACAGAUUUCUCUCUCUCACAACCGAAUUCAUCUGCUUUCCCGCAUUUCCUUAGCAGCCUGAGAGAGAACCACCUUUGAUGGGCCUUGACCGUGGUGUUUCAUGGCUAAUUCUUUCUCUUUCUCUGCAAACAGCCUCUCUCUGAACAACCAGCACCGUCUCCCCAUCACCAGCUUCCACCUUCUCCUCAUCUUCCUCCAUUCCCUCUUCUAACUCCCCCCCAAUCGCUGUAACCCCCUUGUCUCUUUCUCUCUCUAGGAAUCUUUCUCCGCCCUCUGCGCAUGGCGUCGGUUUUUCUGUUUCACGUCGUGGGCGAUCUGACGGUGGGGAAGCCGGAGCUCAUUGAGUUUCUGGAGUCAGAGACCGUCGAUUCUGCGAUUCGGGCGAUUAGUGAGUCCACAGAGGGCGGAAUAGCAGUGUGGAGGAGGAGAUCCCAAGUGGGUGGGAUUGAGAAUGCUGAAAUGAGGCAACAGAGGUUCGUGGGCAUCAUCAAUUCGCUUGAUAUUGUUGCUUUCUUAGCGAGAGAAGAGUGUUUAGUUGAUCAAGAGAAGGCGUUGAAGACGCCUGUGUCGGAGGUGGUUGUUCCCAAUAGUUCUCUGCUGAAGGAAGUUGAUCCUGCAACAAGAUUGAUAGAUGCACUAGAGAUGAUGAAGCAAGGUGUAAGGCGUCUUCUUGUACCUAAAAGCAGGGGCUGGAAAGGCAUGAGCAAGCGAUUCUCUAUCCUCUAUAAUGGCAAGUGGCUAAAAAAUGUUGAUACCGCUGGUGGCAGCAGCGCCAGUAUUGCAGUCAACCCCAAUGUGCCUUCCUCGUCGGUCAACUCUUCUGCCCGCAAAAGGUUUUGUCUUCUAUCUCGAGAAGACCUCAUCCGUUUCCUAAUUGGAUGCCUUGGUGCCUUAGCUCCACUUCCCCUUUCCUCCAUCUUAUCCCUCGGAGUCAUCAACUCAAAUUACUCCUCUGUUGAAGCCUCUUCCCCGGCCAUUGAAGCCACCCGUAAGUGCCCCCAGGAACCCUGUGCAGUUGCAGUUGUGGAGCCAAUGUUGGAUGGUCAGUAUAAAAUAAUUGGAGAGAUCUCAUCUUUCAAACUAUGGAAAUGUGAUUACGUAGCUGCAGCAUGGGCCCUGGCCAAUCUCUCAGCUGGACAGUUUGUGAUGGGAGUGGAGGAUAAUGUUACCUCAAGAGCACUGCCUGAUUUUAACGUCGAUUCUGCAGCUGGGGUUAACACGGUCAAUGGACCUGGGUUAACACGGAUGAAGAAGUUCAGCAGCAGGAGCAUUGGUUUUUUCAGCAGCACUGCAAACCCAAGCUUUAGCAUCGGUAGGAGCAUGUAUCGAGGUAGAAGCGCACCAUUGACGUGUAAAGUCACAAGUUCGUUGGCUGCAGUCAUGGCUCAGAUGCUGUCUCACAGGGCAUCCCAUGUGUGGGUUACUGAGGCUGAAAGUGAGGAUGCGUUGGUUGGGGUGGUGGGUUAUGCUGAUAUUUUGGUUGCCGUGACAAAGCAGCCUGCGGCUAUGAUUCCUGCUGUACCGGAAAUUGAGAGGGGUUCAAAUUGAACCCUGAGGUGCGUGUUUGUGUGAGUGUUUAUUUUAUCCUCCCGUGAGGAACAACCCUUAGAUUGUAUCUAGAGUAAAUUGUAGAUGCCAGAGAUGAUGCUUGCCGGUUUUGGUGUGAUGUGGUUUCUUUGUUGUGUGCCGUGUUAUGUAACAUGUACCGUGUUUCAUGUUGCUUGGUUGUGAAUAUGAAUAAAAUCUGAGACUGAGCUAA